AUGAUUGGUCCAGAAGGUGAAAUAUUUUCAGCAGAGGAUGCUGACAGUGCAGAAACCGAAGGGGCUACACGUAAAAAGGAAGGAUCCUUCUACAUAUGGACCAGCAAAGAGGUUGAAGACUUACUUGGAGAGCAUGCUGCUCUUUUUGAGGAGCACUACUACAUAAAACAGAUGGGUAACUGUGACCUAUCUGAAAUGAGUGAUCCUCACCAUGAAUUUAAGGAAAAGAAUGUCCUGAUUGAGAGGAAUGAUCCUUCAGAAAUUGCAUCAAAAUAUGGUUUGUCAGUUGAGACAUAUCAAGAAAUUCUUGGAGAAUGCAGGCGUAAGUUGUUUGAAGUAAGGUUGAGGCGCCCAAAGCCACAUUUGGAUGAUAAGGUUACUGUGUCUUGGAAUGGACUGGCAAUCUCAUCUUUUGCUAGAGCUUCUAAGAUUCUAAAGGGUGAAGCUGAAGGGAUGAAAUUCAACUUUCCUGUUGUUGGCACUGAACCAAAGGAGUACUUGAGAAUAGCAGAUAAAGCAGCAUCCUUCAUUAGGAAUCAACUUUAUAUUGCAGAGACUCGCAGACUACAACACAGUUUCAGAAACACUCCAUCUAAAGCUCCUGGUUUCUUGGAUGAUUAUGCUUUUUUGAUUUCUGGAUUGCUGGAUCUCUACGAAUUCGGGGGUGGAAUCAACUGGCUUUUAUGGGCCACUGAAUUACAGGAAACCCAGGAUUCUUUGUUUCUAGAUAGGGAUGGAGGCGGAUAUUUCAAAUAA